CGUUGCCAGACCUGGUAUGUAAGACCGUGAUCAAGAUCACUUGCCGCAAAAAUGGCAGCGUAUGUAAACGUUAGUCAGUUUGGUUGUCUGGUGAAUGUAAAAUAAUAAUAAACAGUACACAGGUUUUCAAAUUGCUUCAAAGCUCUUGGCGAAAUUUUUUACUCACUAGAGGAUAAAUAUCUGCAAAAAUGGCGCCAGUUCCUUUGGAAGGGCACCAGACUCCGGUAGCCAAUAAUAUACCUCAGGAAGGAAAUCGCGGUGGAUCGAUUUCGCUUGGAAUGCUCAUCGACUUCAUUAUCCAAAGAACAUACCAUGAGCUAACCGUCCUUGCUGAAUUACUGCCGCGCAAAACUGACAUGGAAAGGAAAAUUGAGAUCUAUAACUUUUCGGCGAGAACUCGUCAGUUAUUUGUUCGUUUGUUAGCUCUGGUAAAAUGGGCAAACAGCGCUUCGAAAGUAGAUAAGUCGGCGCAUAUAAUGGCCUUUCUAGACAAACAAUCUCUCCUCUUUGUCGACACUGCCGAUAUGCUGGCUAGAAUGGCACGUGAAACUCUGGUCCAUGCCAGACUACCAAAUUUUCACAUACCGGCAGCCGUUGAAGUUCUGACCACAGGAACAUACAGUCGGUUACCUGCUUGCAUCAGAGAAAGAAUAGUACCUCCUGACCCAAUUACACCAUCGGAAAAAAGGAGCACAUUACAGCGCUUGAACCAAGUGAUUCAGCAUCGAUUAGUAACUGGAAAUUUAUUGCCACAAAUGCGUAACUUGAAGAUCGAGGCAGGCCGAGUAACAUUUUUAGUCGAACAAGAAUUUUCGGUUUCAUUAACCGUGAUGGGAGAUGGAGCGACAGUACCGUGGCGGCUAUUAGAAUUGGAAAUAUUAGUUUCUGACAGGGAAACUGGUGAUGGAAAAGCCUUGGUUCAUCCGCUUCAAACCCGCUACGUUCAUCAGGUCGUACAAUCGAGAUUAGCUGAAGCCACAAUGCCUUUAUCAGAAGUUUAUCACAUUCUCCACCACUUUUGCCAAUCUCUGCAACUCGAAGUACUGUAUUCGCAAACGCUGCGACUAAUUCGUGACAGACUGGACGACCAUAUUCACGUCGACGAAUACACCGCGGGCAAAUGCUUGUCUAUAUCUUAUUGGAGGGAGCUAACCAGCAAAGACCCGAGGUCAGAAUUAGGCUAUCGUCUCACUGUUCAGGUCGAUCAACACGACCCUGCUAGACCUUUAGCAGUAGUGCAUGUUCCUUCUCUGGGAAGCAAAGAAAGUGAAAUAGCAGACCGAGCUAUAAGAUCUGACUUGUUAUCGAUGGAAUGUCUCCUAGUGCACACGAUUUACGUUCGAACGCGUAGCAGGCUUUCGGAAUUGAAGCAAGAGUUGCAGUCCAUGUUAAAGGAUGUUGAAUGCACACUCGCUGGGUCUCCAGCCAUCCUAUCGGUGCCGAUUCUACAACCGUGUUUACGUGCUGAAUUGCUAUUGGUAACAGUUGACACUCACACUGGAAUGCUUCAGUGUCACGUACCGCAAUACGAAGCUCCGCUGGUUCCGGAACUCACAGCUGCAUUGAACGGUGAUCAUUCUAGGCUCCCGACACUGAUAUCAGAGCUCAGGUACUGGAUUACGCAAAGACGUUGUGAAAAAACUUUGCAACAUCUGCCCGCAACGCCCCAUGAGCGAUUGCCUCUGCUUCAUCACCCUGAUCAUCCCAUGUCUAAAAUCAGCAGACAUAGAAUGUUCAUUCAACUGCACAGACAUCCUAAUGUAAUAUUGAUAGUAGCAUUCAAAGAAAAGGAUACGACGCAGUGUGAAAUUGACUGUUCGUUUUAUCUUGCGGUUGUGAAACACAGUUCGAUAGAAGACGAUCCACACGAUGAUAGUAUAGAAACAGAAAUACCAAAAAUGUAUCUAAAACUUUUGACUCUCAUUGAAUUUGACACAUUUGUCAUAACUCACGGGCCAUUCACAAGCGUCGACAGUGGGAAUAAUGAUCAAGAUGGGGGGUGCAUUACAGAAGUGGAGAAAGGAGGUGGCAAGCGUAAGGGUGGUGGACCUGGUGGCCGGACAGACGCAAGCGGAACCAAUCAAGCGAGACGGCCUAAACAUCCGGCAUACUUCAUUCCCGAAUUGGCACAUGUUGUGGCUCUGUGCGAUGAAAGGAUUCCCUUUGUUACCCUUGCUCAAGAGUUCACUAAACGAGACAUAGCUCAUCAAGGUCUUCAAGUGGAGGCAAAUGCGACUGCAUUGGUUCUCAAACUUGUACAAUUGCCUGCUCCCUUGCCAAGUAUAGCAUCAAGCGUUGCAUGGCAAGCACUGCUCAAGAGACUGUUGAGCGUUUCGAUAAGGGUACAGGGUAAAGGAAUGGCAAAAACAUGGAUGGCAGAAUUUGUUUUCUACAGCAGUCCACUGAGCAGCAGUCACCCCAAAGAACAAGGGCUUCGUCGACCCGUCUACUUUCAGUACGAAAUGGGAACCGCAGAUGCCGUGUCUCGUACUGUCGAUUCCUUGCUUAAUGACUGGGCACAGAUUGUCCACCUCUAUUCCAUUGUUCACGAUCUGGCUGAAUAUUUCAAAAUUGAAAAAUACAAUGUGCGAAAUAUGGUCAGUAUUAAAUCGUACAGCUAUAGUAAAUUGGUCUUAGCUUAUGGACCCACCAGAAGAGCUACAGUUACCCUGCAAUGGAGUACAAACGAUAAAGCGUUCAAAUUUGUAUUUGGAAAGAGUCCAACAAAUAACACAACAAACGCGCAUUCGCUUAUGAAGGAACAGCUUGAAGCGCAUUUAAACCGUUACAGAAAUUUGGCUCAAAUAGUUCACAUAUUGAGUGAAACUCUUCAACCGUUGUCAUCCAUAAGUAAGCUACCAACGAUUCCUCAACUAGGCGUUCAUAAUUCCAGACCCCAAGUUCCGGUACAAACAUUUACCGUCAUACCGCAAUGUGUGACAUUGGUUAGGUUAGCUUACCAAGGAAUGUAUUGUCUGGAAUUGCGACUCAGAGGUAGUGGUUUGGUCAGUUUGCGAGAUGGAGCAUACAGCCGAUUUGAUCGGAGUAAUGUCGUCGAGGAGUUCACACCUACUCCAGGUUUGAAGACUUUCCUGUCCAAGUAUGUUGACGAGAGCGCCGUAUUCCGGAGACGGUCUCAGUCGGAGGACGAUAAUCCACCAUCUCCAGUCACCAUGGACAGUGAAGGCGGUAGCGGAGUCGGAUUCCUGAGUCAUCACAGGGGAGGGCCUCAAUCCCCAGCGCAACAGAGGGACGGGCUAAGAUUUCACCCCCCAUUGACUCCGCCCUCGGGAAGCAAUCCUCACACACCUGCCAGUCCUCAUACGGCUAAUAUAUCACAAACUGGACAGCAUCAGAGUUUUGGAAGCAGUCCGGCCACUUCUUUCAAUUUGGCUUCACCGCCGUCUCUUCCACCCAACACUCCAAAUAUGCUGCCGCAUCCUUCUCCGGGAGGACUCGUAGCCAACAGUCCAUUGAACGCAAUGCAUGUUCCUAGUCCCGUUGGACUUAUGCCAACUUCUUCGCCUGGACCCUGCAGUAAUGUUCAAGUCGGGCAUUCUCCAGCCAGUUCUUACAUGCAAACAGGGCACAUUGAUGGAAGUCCGUUUCCCUCUUCACAAAGUAUGGCGUCUCCUGCUGCAUCAAACUGGCCUGGAUCCCCAAGCGUUCCACGUCCCUCCCCCGCGAGACCGGGUCAAAGCCCAGGUCAUGCAGCGCUUCACAGCCCUCAGGCAUCCGACCACAAAUCUGGAAGUCAUAUGUCCAGGGUUUUACCUCAAAGGUCUUGGGCCGGUGCAGUUCCAACUCUUCUCACAAACGAGGCGCUAGAACUUUUGUGCUGUCCGUCACCCCAUCCAUCUGGCUUAAUUGUGCCUGAUCUUUCACCUCUGGAAAGAUUUCUCGGCUGUGUUUAUAUGCGCAGGCAAUUACAGCGGUUCAUUCAGACUGAAGAGGGGUUCACAGCAAUAAACAGCACAGAACCAGGAGUCGUACACUUCAAGGUGGAAACUCUGCAGUGCAGAGUUGGAUUAAAUCCGCAGCAUCUCCAGUCGUUGCAUAUAAAAGUCCAGCCGUUACCUGAUCAAAAGGAUCAGUGGACAUUAGAAGAGUUACAGAUUAUUGAAAAAUUCUUCGACACAAGAGCAGCUGCACCGCCGUAUAAGCCCAACACCCUGUGUGGCUUUGGAAAAAUGCUCAACGUUCCAUUGAACGUCCUGAAGGACUUUGUUCAAAUAACGAAACUUGAACUAGUCCCAGGCCUCGUGCAGCAGCAACAACUCAAAUGGUCGGUGCAGUGGUGCCUGCGGAUCCCACCUUCGGCUGAACGGAUCGUUCCAACUGGAAUGGCAGGAGUCCUUGUCUGCAGAAACAAAAUCUUAUUCUUUCUCCAGAUCACGAGGAUAGGCGUGCCUUACCAGGGCGAAACGCCUUCCCUUGUUCUGCCAUUGGUAUACGAUUUGGCCAACAAUUUGACACAACUCGCUGAGAAACGGGAUCCAGGUCCGGCUUCUGCGACGGCCGCAGCUUCCUUACAACUAAAAAGGUUCGCCGAAUAUGGCGCAAAUCCAACGGAAUGUUCGCUGUUUCCGGCUGUUAGAGACCUUCUUGCUAAUCUCACACUACCAUCGGAGACUCCUGUUAUGCCUCAGGUCGUGGCGUCGCCUGCCGCAGGUCAAAUCACUCCUACUCAGCAAAUACAGAGUCCUGCAAUGCAGAUGCAUUCUCCAAUGGCGGGAGGUCAAGGUCCUCCUCAAGGACCUUACGGAAUUCAAGGCAUGCCACCAGUCAGUAUGAUGGGUGGACCACCGCAAUAGGAUUUGCUGUAUUCCCCUCCCAUUUCACAAUGUUUAUCCAAUAAUUAUCCGGCCUGGUUGAAUUGAUGUUUUCAUAUCACUGGUCGAUUCAUCUUCGUUGUUAUUAUUGAUAUAUACAUCGAACAAUCAGAGGUUACAGUGUAUAAGACAUAAAUUUCAAACAUCAGGUCGCAAUGUUCAUUAUUAUUUUUAUACUCAGUCAAUUAAUAACGGAAUUUUACAAAAGCACUUAAAUGAGUAAUCUUGAAUAUUAGAGAGCAAACAGUGUGCGUAUUAGCAGCAUGUGGACCAAAUUUUACUGUUGCUGAAAUUUUACUCAUGAUUUUUGUAUGGGGAGAAAAAACAGAGACGAGUGUACAGAUAAUUAAUGAACAUAUGCAAGCUCAUUGUGAUUUUGACUCUGAUACAAACAUCGAAAUGAUACAUAAAAAUUCUUUGAAAAGUGGACAUUUUUUAUUGUGACAAUGUUGUUUGUAUCAAAUAUAAGUAGGAAGUGUAAUGAUUUUGAAUUUUAUGAUUUACAAGACAUUUUCAACUGAAAAACUUUUCAAUAAUAUGAUAAAGAUUUAUUUUUUUUUGAUAGAAAAUAAUGUAAUGAGAAUUCAAUUUUUUAAGUUAGCUUAAGUGUUAAUUUUUUUUUCACACUGUAUCAAAAUCAUUACACGUAUGAAAAUAUUGUACAUACUAAAUACAAAAUAUGUGUAAAAUACAGCUGUAUAGUUGUUGUUACCCACAUGUAUACAACUAGUUGCGUAAGGCCUAAUGAUAAUACAAAAUUUUUAUUUUACGUUGUCUCUGUAUGUCGUGUCUGUAUACAGUUUUUACAAAAACAUUUAAUAAUCUUAACAAAUUAAUAAAGAUACCUCAAUAUAUAAUAUCAUCACCAUAGCAUAUAAUUAUAUAAUUUAUGUAAUAUUAAUAUCCAAUAGCUAUGCUUUAUAAUAUCUAUAAAUCAAGAGUAUAUUGUUUAUCGAACGUCAAAUAUAUACACUUUUAGGUCAGGUAUCAGUCUCUGUAUACAAAUGUGAUCGUAUUUUGCGACGUUAAUUAUUAAAUUAUAUAACAAAAUGCCGUGGGUUGUAAUGGAGAGGAAAAAAAAAAUUAAAAAAAAGAAAAUAAAAAAUAAAACAAAAAACGCGACUAAAGAUAAUAAUAAUUUCAUAUUUGAGACGGUUAACCCCAGAACGUUCUAAUUUGUCGUUAACUUAAUUUAUAAAUAUAUACCGUUGUUUUCGUCCGAAAGCACAGACUAAAUUCAAUGGGGGAACAGGCAAUCGCGAUGAAAUGAUACACCGUCACUGGAUUGACACAAA